AUGUCUCUCUUCUCUUCCACCCGCUCAAUUGCCCUUGGCCGAUUCACCUCCCGAUCUCUCCUCUCCAAACCACAGCUCGCCUCCAACGCACAGCCCCACCGCUUCAAUUCCACCAACAAGCCAGGAUCAUCAACACCUCGCCCAUCCUCCUCCGCACCCCAACAAAGCCGCUCAAAUUUCCCCGUCAUCCCAAUCAUCGCCAUUUUCCUCCUAGGCUCCGGCUCCUAUAUUUUACUCGUCAAGUCCCGCACCGGUGUGAGCCAAUCGCGCCCGUCAAACUAG